AUGUUGCUGGGUCACACGGCCGAGAGCAAGUGGACGCUGAUGGUGGUCACUCGCGCGAGUGAAAUGACGUGGUGCAUUCAGCUUGUGUGUUGGGGAGACCCGGACCCGUUUGUUUUCUUUGGACCGAGCGACAAGUGGUUUUCACUGCUGUAG